UUGACAAGCUCCCAGACGGGAGCACGUGAUCAACACGACAUCCAAACAGAUCGUCUGGAAACUGACCUCUAGUCUGUGCCCGCAAGCACAGCAACCACGACAGCAUCUCUUGAGUACUUCAGCAGAGUCUAGCUGAGACUCCACAAGGACUCUACUACGCAGACUGCGUGCUACAACUAUCAUGUUUGUGUCGUUACGGCUUAAUACAGGCUGUACCUCCACGUAACACCAGCUGUUACAGUACUUACAUUUUUCUCAUCUGAUUGUGGCUUACCAAAAUCCUGAACGCAACUGAGAGGGAACUCUUGUUAGCAUCUGCACGUCGCAACGCAAAGUGAAGAACUACUACGAGUUAAGAGUAAUUUAUUGAAGAAACCUUCUAGUGCCAGUGGCUUAAUAAUACACACCAGAAUGGAAAUCAGUUUUGAUCGUUCUGAAGUAUUAGGUCGAGGAGGUUAUGGUAAAGUUUUUAAAGGGUUCUGGAGGGAUCGACCAGUGGCCGUGAAACGAAUCGUAUUAACAAGCGACGAGCAAGAGGAAAAAAGUUUGCAAAGGCUUGAUCAUGACAAUGUGAUUAAACUUUACCACGCAGAAAGGGAUGAAAAUUUCAGAUAUUACGUCCUGGAAUUGUGUGAAGCUUCGUUAGACAAAUUGUUCUUGCCAAACGGAGAUCCUAAAAUAUACAUGGGGCCAAUCCCUUCACCAGAGGACGUUCUCAGGCAAAUGGCCAUAGGACUGGCAUAUAUUCAUGACAUGGGGCUUGCUCAUCGUGAUGUAAAACCAGAAAAUGUCCUUAUUUCAUCGACUAAGGAUGUUGUACUGAUGAAAUGGGCUGAUUUCGGGUUAAGUAAAACCAUCAAUAAAAAAGAAGAUGCAACGCGUGGAGUUCAAGGAACUAAGAAAUGGCUUGCACCCGAGUUAUUGGAAUCGUCAAGUGGAACAACACUAUCGAGGUAUCAAAGAAGUACAGUAAAGAGCGAUGUCUUUGCAGAAGGUUCCGUCUUUGCUUACUUCCUUACUGAUGGCGAACAUCCUUUCGGCACUGAACGUUCGGAAAUAUCGGAUAACGUUAAAAAAAAUAAUCCAGUUAAUUUGACCAAUAUUCAGUCUUCACAGGCUAAAAAGUUAAUUGGCAAAAUGUUGGCCAGAAAUCCAGAAGACAGAAUAAAUUCGUCCGAUGUUGUUAAAGAACUCGCGGAUAUAAACGACCAGUUAAAAGAAGAUCUAAAAUAUGUAGAUAGCAUGGUGCCAUCAGUUUAUCGAAUCAAAAACGAACUGGGAUCUGGAGGUUUUGGGAGCGUCUGGGAAGGAGUUUGGCGACGUCAGAAAGUGGCCGUUAAAAAAAUGAUAAUUUCUGACUUUACAAAGUUAUGCCGCGAAAGAGAAGAAAGCUUGCUAAAGCUUAAUCAUCCUAAUGUCGUUAAGAUGUACCACAUUGAAAGUAAUUUAGAUUAUAAAUAUUUCGCCUUGGAACUCUGCGAUGCCUCGUUAGACAGAUUAUUCCUAAAAGGUGUCGAACAAGAAAAAUACAGGGGGCCAAGACUGCAAGAUAUGCCUUUACCACAAAAUGUGUUUUCCCAAUUGGCCGAAGGAAUGGCUUACAUCCACGAAAAGGGUAUAACUCAUCGUGAUGUAAAGCCUUAUAAUGCACUUAUCCACGUCAGAAAGAGAUUGGAACAGAAACAUCAAGUUAUUUUUAAAUGGGCCGAUUUUGGAGGAAGCAAAAAAGUGAACAUAACAGGAGAAUGCUCAAUGAGUGGUUUUAAAUUUACAACGAACUGGUGCGCACCUGAAGUACUAAAAAUUUACGAACAAAGUUCUCAGUCUAAUCGAAUAACGGAACGAUACGGCACCGACGGCACUAUCCAAAGCGACGUUUUCUCAGAGGGUUUGGUGUUUAUAUACUACUUACUUAAAGGUGAACAUCCUUACGGAAAUCAUUUCUACAACAAGCACAAACUCAAGGAGGGCGAUUCAAUCAACUUAGAGAACAUACCUAUUGAAUAUCACAUGUUUAAAAAGUUGAUAGCAAAUAUGUUAAAAUCUAACCCUGAAAAAAGACCGUCAUCGAAAGAAGUAGCUGAGAAACUUGCAUCAUCGAGAUUUGUAAACGUAUCUGCUGCGCUUGGUGAUACUUCGGAUUCCACAAGCCCAUCAAUUAAAACCCGAUCAAUACAAAUCGAUAAGGAAACUAUACUUGGAAGGGGGACAUUUAGUGUAGUAUUUAAGGGAUAUUAUGAUGGCGUGGGAUCUGUAGCAAUUAAACGAAUUCAACUGGACGAUUCAAAUAACCAAGAGAAUACUCAAAUGAUUUUAAAUAAUCAAAAUAACACUUGUCAAAACAUCGUCAAACUUUAUCACGUUGAAAACGACGACGAUUUCAAGUAUUUCGCAUUGGAGUUAUGUGCAACAUCACUGGAUAAACUGUUUCUGCCUGAUUACCAUCGCAGAAAGUACAAUGGGCAAAAACCAAACAUUUUUGAGGUUAUGUACCAGUUAGCAUUUGGGCUGGAGUACAUGCAUUCAAAAAAUAUUGUCUACCGAGAUAUUAAACCGGAGAAUGUUUUAAUAUCCGUCGACACUACUAGCAAGAAAAUCACAUUGAAAUGGGCUGAUUUCGGAUUCACCAAACCCAAAGGUGAACAAGGAAGUGUGUCAUUCUCAGGAAGUGGUGUUAACCAAACAUCGAUUUGGUUAGCACCCGAGUUACUAGACCAAUCCUAUGAAGAAAGAACAAAACGAAAUACAAAAAUGAGUGAUAUAUUCGCACAAGGGCUUCUCUUUUGCUACUUUCUUUUAGAGGGCCAACAUCCCUUUGGCUCGUCUCAUUUCAAAAUUUUGAUGAACAUAGCCAACAACCAAAAAGUUCAUUUUGAAAAGAUUGAAUCAAGCUGCUGUCGUGAAAUAAUCUUGAAAAUGUUGGAACCCAAUCCUAAUGUUCGAAUUACAUCAUCAGAGUUGGUAGCAUUUGUUCAAUCAAAACAAGAAGUGUUGGAAGUAAGACUAUUUGCUUUGUUGGAGGAAACGCCUCCAAUUUUGAAUGAAAUCGAAAAUGUCAUUCGUGAAGGCGUCAAUAUCAAUGGCGUCAAUGAAAAUGGAUUAACACCACUCCUUCGUCUCAUACAAAAAAAAGGGGGUGAUUUGCUGCAAGUUAUUCCACUUUUGCUUAAACGAGGAAUCGACGUUAAUCACAAGGAUGAAGAUGGAUGGAAUGUCCUUUUUUUCUUGUGUCACCAUUAUCAGGAAGAUAAUCUGAUCGAAAUUAUCAGACUUCUGAUAGAACAUGACAUCAAUGUUAGUUGUAAAGACAAGGACGGGAAAAACGUUCUCCAUUUGUUAUGCAAAAAAUAUCAGAAAGACAACCUUGUCGAUAUCAUUCAACUUCUCAUAGAACGGGACUUUGACGUUAAUUUAAAAAACAAGGAGAACAUUCUUCAUUUUUAUUGCACAAAGUAUAAGGGGGAAAUUUUUAUUGAUAUUGUCAACAUUUUCCUAGAAAACGGUGUCGAAGUGGUUUCCGGAGGAAUCGACGCGAGACGUUUGGUUCGUAAUCCAAAAUACCCCAUAAGGCCAAAUGCGGCAAAAAUAAUUGAAUUAAUGGAUGCCAAAUGUUAAAACGCAAAAUGAUUCAUUUUGAUCGUGAUUGAGAAAAAAUGUUUGAUAAAUGUCGAGAUUCUUUGGUGUACCAUUCAUGUGUGUACGCACAAAAUUUAGUCCGCACGCACUUAACAAAGUCUUCCCACAUAUUUUUGUGUAUUCAUUUGUGUACAGGCAGUAUUUUGUUCAGUAAAUGAUGUAUUAAAAUACAAUAUAUCCCAGUAA